CCGACUUGUUCCGCGGCGAUCCCAUUGUCCCCCCAUCAACAACCACACCAAUUCCCCUAGAUUCGCUACUCCAUUUUCUGUCGGCCACCGGCGGAAGAAUGGGUCUGAACUUGGAGGAACUUUAUGGCAAACCUAUAGUGGACGAGGAGACUCCGAAUGAGUAUUCGGAGUACCAGCCGAAGAAGGGAUAUGGCUGGGCAAACACCUUGCCCGAGAGGCAAGGUCUUUAUGACCCCGAAUACGAGAAGGAUGCUUGUGGUGUAGGCUUUGCAGCUCACAUCAAGGGCAAGCCUAGCCACAAGAUUGUCAGUGAUGCUCGCAAUUUGCUUUGCAACAUGACCCAUCGCGGUGCCGUUGGCUCGGAUGCACGCGAUGGUGAUGGUGCUGGUGUGAUGACCAGUAUUCCCCAUAAAUUCUUUAUCAAGAACUUUGCCCGUGAGGUCGGAGUUGAUCUCCCUCCCCUCGGUCAGUAUGCUGUCGGCAACCUGUUCUUCAAGCCUGAGGAGGAGUCCGUAAAGGAGUCUGUACAGAGCUUCGAGGAAACUGCCACAUCCUUGGGACUACGGGUGUUGGGCUGGCGUGAGGUCCCCCGCGACUCUACCAUCCUGGGCCCCGCCGCUCUCUCCCGGGAGCCUACCAUCAUGCAGCCUUUCGUCGUUCUGAAGUCGGCUUAUGGCGAAGGAAACAAGCCAGAGCUUACCGACCCAGAGCUGUUUGACAUGAAGACAUUCGAACGUCAAUUGUAUGUCCUGCGAAAGCGGGCUACUCACGUCAUCGGUCUCGCCAACUGGUUUUAUCUGUGCUCCCUGAGCAACAGAAACAUUGUCUACAAGGGUCAACUGGCCCCCGUUCAGGUAUACCAGUACUACCAUGAUCUGGUAAACGUUGACUACGAAGGUCACUUUGCUCUCGUCCACUCCCGUUUCUCUACCAACACAUUCCCUUCUUGGGAUCGUGCACAGCCCUUGCGCUGGGCCGCCCACAACGGUGAAAUCAACACCCUUCGUGGCAACAAGAACUGGAUGCGCGCCAGAGAAGGUGUGCUGAAGUCGGACAUUUUUGGUGAGGAGCUGGAUUCCCUGUACCCCAUUGUUGAGGACGGUGGUUCCGACUCGGCAGCGUUCGAUAACGUUCUUGAAUUGUUGAUGAUCAACGGUGUGCUUUCAUUGCCUGAGGCGGUCAUGCUUAUGAUCCCGGAAGCCUGGCAAGAUAACCCGGCUAUGGAUCCGGCCAAGGCUGCUUUCUACGAAUGGGCGGCUUGCCAGAUGGAGCCGUGGGACGGCCCGGCUCUCUUUACCUUCUCCGACGGUCGCUACUGCGGUGCAAACCUCGACCGUAACGGUUUGCGUCCUUGCAGAUUCUACGUGACAGAUGAUGACCGCAUCGUUUGUGCCUCGGAGGUUGGUGCUGUAGACAUUGACCCCGAGCGCGUGGUCCAGAAAGGUCGUCUGCAGCCUGGAAAGAUGCUCCUCGUCGACACCGUGGCUGGACGCAUCAUCGAUGACUCUGAGCUCAAAUACACUGUAUCUCACAGACAUGACUUUGCUUCGUGGCUGGAUAAGGAGCUCCUCAAGUUGCCUGCCAUCAAAGAGAGCCUGGACGAACAACGCGUGGACUUGACACAUGCCUUGGACGAAACGACCAUUCAGAACGACCCUCGUCUGAAGGCCUUUGGCUACUCAUUCGAGCAAGUCAGUCUACUCCUUGGUCCCAUGGCCGCAGACUCCAAGGAAGCUCUGGGAUCCAUGGGUAACGACGCCCCCUUGGCUUGUAUCGCUAAGCAGCCUCGUCUUAUCUACGAAUACUUCCGCCAACUCUUCGCUCAAGUCACCAACCCUCCUAUUGAUCCUAUCCGAGAGGCUGUUGUUAUGUCCCUGGAGUGCUACGUUGGUCCUCAAGGAAAUCUUUUGGAGAUGGAACAGUCGCAGUGCCACCGUUUGUUGCUUCCUUCCCCCAUCCUCAGUAUCCCCGAGUUCAACGCCCUGAAGAACAUUUCCCAGGCCCACAAGGACUGGACUGUGAGGACCAUUGAUAUCACUUUCGAAAAGGAGAAGGGCGUUCCGGGAUACCUGGAGGCCCUCGAUGCCAUCUGCGAUGCCACCACCGAGGCUAUUCAGAACGGUGACAAGAUCCUCGUCCUCUCAGACCGUGCCACUGGUGCGGACAGAGUUCCGGUGUCUGCCCUUCUAGCAACCGGUCUUGUUCAUCACCAUCUGGUCCGCAACAAGUGGAGAUCUCUUGCUGCCAUCGUUGUGGAAACUGCCGAGGCUCGUGAAGUGCACCACAUGUGUGUCCUCGUCGGUUACGGAGCUGACGCCAUCAACCCCUACCUUGCUAUGGAAUGUAUCUUGAAGAUGAACCGGGAGAAGCUGAUCCGCAAGCAGCUUCCUGAUGAGAAGGUCAUCGAGAACUACAAGGCUUCCUGUGAUGGUGGUAUCCUUAAGGUUAUGAGCAAGAUGGGUAUCUCUACCCUGCAGUCAUACAAGGGUGCUCAGAUCUUCGAAGCCCUCGGUAUCGAUGACAGUGUUAUUGACCGUUGCUUUGCUGGAACUGCAAGCCGCAUCCGUGGUCUGACCUUUGAAUUGAUUGCCCAAGACGCGUUUGCUUUCCACGAGCGUGGAUACCCCUCUCGCGAGAUUGUCGAUAUCCCCGGUCUCCCAGAGUCGGGUGAAUACCACUGGCGUGACGGUGGCGAGGAGCACAUCAACGACCCUGUCAGUAUCGCAAACAUGCAGGAUGCUGUGCGCACGAAGAACGACAAGUCCUAUGAGGCGUAUGCCAAGGCUGAGCACGAGCAGAUCAAGAACUGCACCCUCCGUGGUAUGCUUGAUUUUGAUUUCGAGCAACGCACACCGAUCCCUAUCGAUCAGGUCGAGCCCUGGACCGAGAUUGUUCGUCGAUUCGUUACGGGCGCCAUGUCGUACGGUUCCAUCUCCAUGGAGUCUCACUCCACCCUUGCCAUUGCAAUGAAUCGCCUUGGCGGAAAGUCGAACACUGGUGAAGGUGGUGAAGAUCCCGAGCGAAGCAAGCUGUUGGAAAAUGGCGAUACGAUGCGGUCCGCCAUCAAGCAGAUUGCCUCUGGUCGAUUUGGUGUGACAUCUCACUACCUUGCCGAUGCCGAUGAACUGCAGAUCAAGAUGGCACAGGGUGCUAAGCCUGGAGAAGGUGGUGAGCUUCCUGGUCACAAGGUUGUCGGCCCCAUUGCGCACACCCGUUACUCUACUCCCGGUGUCGGUCUUAUUUCGCCGCCACCCCACCACGAUAUUUACUCUAUCGAGGAUCUGAAGCAACUCAUAUACGACCUCAAGUGCUCCAACCCUCGCGCACGUGUCUCUGUCAAGCUUGUGUCGGAAGUUGGUGUUGGUAUCGUUGCGUCCGGUGUCGCAAAGGCCAAGGCUGAUCACAUCCUGAUCUCUGGUCACGAUGGUGGUACUGGUGCCUCUCGUUGGACCGGUAUCAAGUAUGCCGGUCUUCCUUGGGAGUUGGGUCUGGCCGAAACCCACCAGACUUUGGUUCUCAAUGACCUGCGUGGACGUGUUGUUGUGCAAACUGAUGGUCAACUUCGUACUGGUCGCGAUCUUGCGGUCGCUUGCUUGCUCGGAGCCGAAGAGUUCGGGUUCGCUACGACCCCUCUGAUCGCCAUGGGCUGCAUUAUGAUGCGCAAGUGUCAUCUCAACACCUGCCCUGUCGGUAUCGCAACUCAGGACCCGGCACUUCGGGCCAAGUUCCAGGGUACGCCCGAACACGUGAUCAACUUCUUCUACUAUGUUGCCAACGAGAUGCGUGCUAUCAUGGCCAAGUUGGGCGUUCGCACCGUGAAUGAGAUGGUUGGACGUGCCGAGCUUCUCAGGGUCCGUGACGAUAUCCGGAAUGCCAAGCAGGAGAAGAUUGACUUGUCGCUCAUUCUUACUCCUGCCCACUCCCUGCGCCCCGGCGUCGCUACCUACAACGUCCGCAAGCAGGACCACCGUCUGCACACUCGCCUCGAUAACAAGCUGAUCGCCGAGUCUGAGCUUGCCUUGGAGAAGGGUCUCCCUUGCAGAAUUGAGUGCGACAUUGUCAACACUGAUCGUGGCUUGGGUGCUACCUUGUCUUACCAGGUCAGUCGCCGUUAUGGUGGCGAAGGCCUUCCCCAGGAUACCAUCCACGCCAACAUCAAGGGCUCCGCUGGUCAGUCAUUCGGUGCUUAUCUUGCUCCUGGUAUCACUCUCGAGCUGGAAGGCGAUGCCAAUGACUACGUUGGUAAGGGUCUCUCGGGAGGUCGCCUUAUCAUCUACCCCCCUCGUGGUGCUGCAUUCAAGGCUGAAGAAAACGUCAUUGUUGGUAACACUUGCCUUUACGGUGCCACUCGCGGUACUUGCUUCUUCCGCGGUAUGGCUGCUGAGCGUUUCGCUGUCCGUAACUCCGGUGCUACCGCAGUCGUUGAGGGCGUUGGUGACCACGGCUGUGAGUACAUGACUGGUGGUCGCGUCCUUGUUCUUGGCUCGACUGGUCGUAACUUUGCUGCUGGUAUGUCUGGAGGUAUCGCCUACAUCCUGGAUAUGAAGCAGGACUUCCACUCCAAGGUCAACAUGGAGAUGGUUGAGGUGUCCGGCUUGGAAGAUCCCGCCGAGAUCGCCUUCGUUCGUGGCUUGAUCGAGGAUCACCAUCACUACACCGGAUCGGAGCUCGCCGCCCGUAUCUUGCUGGACUUUACUCGUGCCCUUCCUCACUUCGUUAAGGUGCUGCCUACGGAUUACAAGCGGAUCCUACAGGAGGAAGCUGCCAAGGCUGAAGCCGCCAAGAAGGCAGAGUUCUCUUUGCCUCAGCUUCCUAGCACUCCAGUUCCUGCGGAGAAGCCCAAAGCUCAGUCCGACGAUGCCAAGAAGGUUGAGAUGCUAGAUAUCGAAGAUAGCAUCAGCGACUCUAAGACUGAGAAAAAGCGGUCUGCGCUCAUUUUGGACAAGACCAGGGGCUUUAUGAAAUACAACCGGCGCAGCGAGAAGUACCGCAACCCGGCAACUCGUACGCGUGACUGGGCUGAGCUUUCUAAUCGCCUGAGCGAGGAUGAACUCAAGUACCAGUCCGCGCGCUGCAUGGACUGUGGUGUGCCUUUCUGCCAGUCUGACACUGGUUGCCCGAUCUCCAACAUCAUUCCCAAGUGGAAUGAGUUGGUGUUCCAGAACCAGUGGCAGGAUGCUCUCAACCGGCUACUCAUGACGAACAACUUCCCUGAAUUCACUGGUCGCGUUUGCCCUGCUCCUUGCGAAGGUGCUUGUGUCCUUGGCAUCAACGAAGACCCCGUGGGUAUCAAGUCUAUCGAAUGUGCCAUCAUUGACCGUGGUUUCGAGAUGGGCUGGAUGGUUCCUCGCCCUCCCAAGACUCGCACGGGCAGGAAUGUUGCGAUCAUCGGCUCUGGCCCUGCAGGUCUCGCUGCUGCCGAUCAACUUAAUCGGGCUGGCCACACCGUCACUGUUUACGAGCGUGCUGACCGUAUCGGUGGUCUUCUAAUGUAUGGAAUUCCUAACAUGAAGCUGGACAAGAAGGUCGUGCAGCGUCGCGUUGACCUGAUGGCUGCUGAGGGUGUCAAGUUCGCUGCCGGUACCCCCGUCGGCCCAGAGCAUGAGAUCACGCUAGACUCUCUGCGCCAGACUAACGACGCUGUUAUCAUUGCUACUGGUGCCACGGUGGCCCGUGACCUGAAGGUCCCUGGACGUGAGCUUGACGGCGUUCACUUCGCCAUGCAAUUCCUGCACCGUAACACCAAGUCUUUGCUGGACUCCAACCUUGCCGACGGGGCGUACAUCUCCGCCAAGGACAAGCACGUCGUGGUUAUUGGUGGUGGUGAUACUGGAAACGACUGCAUCGGUACAUCUGUGCGUCACGGUGCCAAAUCUGUCACCAACUUCGAGUUGCUGCCUCAGCCUCCGCCGGAGCGUGCCCGCGACAACCCGUGGCCUCAGUGGCCCCGUAUCUACCGUGUCGACUACGGUCACUCCGAGGUCAAGACGCACAUGGGCAAGGACCCUCGUGAAUACUGCGUCAUGUCUAAGGAAUUCGUUGACGACGGUAGUGGCCGUGUCAAGGGUAUCAACACGGUUCGUGUUGAGUGGACCAAGAGCGCUUCUGGUGGCUGGGACAUGAAGACCGUUGAAGGCAGUGAGCAAUUCUUCCCCGCGGACCUUGUUCUUCUCUCCAUGGGCUUCCUUGGGCCCGAGGACCGGGUCCUGGGCGAGGAAAUUGAGCGUGAUGCCCGCAAGAACGUCAAGACCCCACCAGGACAUUACUCCACCAGCGUCCCGGGUGUUUACGCUGCUGGUGACUGCCGUCGUGGCCAGUCUCUCAUCGUGUGGGGUAUCAACGAAGGUCGUCAAUGCGCCCGGGAAGUAGACACCUUCUUGAUGGGCAUCAGCUCCCAACUCCCUGUCACUGGUGGUAUUGUGCGCCGGCCCGCUAUCGAUGCCGUUCCUCAGGCUGCUCAGCAGACAGUAUCUGCUUAAGUCCAUCAGAGGUUGCGCCUUGCCGCUAAACCCGCUAGACUGGUUCUAGCGUUGACUGCAUGAAACCUCAGUCAUGAUAGCAACGAAUCUACGAUUUUCUAUGUCGAAAAGAGAAAAAGUGUUUUGACUCGGCCAGGCCAUGUUGGGUGGCUCAUAUUUAUCACGGCAAUUACUUUGAUCUUUACUACGAUACGUUGCGUCCGUCUUCAUGGAAGUUUUAGGGAGGGAUACAGUCCGAUGAAAUUAUACUUUAUUUGGUUUUGCUAUUUUGAAGGAUGAUUUGCAGCGUUCUGUUCCUUCUCAAAAGAGGUGCGAGGUGUCGGAGCGUUUGUGAUUUCCGUCCAACACAUUUUGAUGUACAUAUUCUCUUCAUGACCAUAUCAAUCCCAUGGUUCAGUCCAUCUAUUCC